AUGUCAGUUUCUGGAAAGAAAGAGUUUGAUGUGAAACAGAUCCUAAGGCUACGCUGGAGGUGGUUCAGUCACCCCUCUCAAGGUUCCACAGGCACUGGAGGCUGCCUUCAGGAAGGAUAUGAGCAUAGAGGGACACCGGUUCAGAAUAGGUUGAAGAGCCACUCUCGGGACAGAAAUGGGCUAAAGAAAAACAACAGUCCUGUUCACCACAAUAUACUGGCACCAGUGCCAGGUCCAACCCCUGUGCACCACCGAUCUAUUCAAACCUGGCAUCAACAAAACCUCAUAGAACAGCUGCGAGCAAAUGAGGAUAUCCCCAAAGCAAGCACGGAGGAAAAUUGUGUCAAAGAAGAUUCAAGUAAAAAUAUACAGGAGUUGCAGAUGAUCACAGACGAAAAUACAGAUGAAUCCACUGAGAGAUUAUCAAUAACUAGCUGUUCACCCACUGGAAUGAACACCAAUGGCUCAGACGAAUACUUCCAAUCCACAAAUCAUGCAGAGCAGACAUUCCGCAAGAUGGAGAACUAUCUCCAGCAGAAGCAGCUGUGUGAUGUUCUUCUCAUUGCUGGAAAUCACAAGAUUCCAGCUCACAGAUUGGUUCUUAGUGCCGUGUCUGAUUAUUUUGCUGCAAUGUUUACUAAUGAUGUGCGUGAAGCGAAAGAAGAGGAGAUCAAAAUGGAAGGAGUGGACCCAGAUGCACUGAAAGCUUUGGUGCACUAUGCCUAUACAGGUGUUUUAGAGUUAAAGGAAGACACUAUAGAAAGCUUGCUGGCUGCAGCUUGUCUCCUCCAGCUGUCUCAAGUCAUUGAAGUGUGUUGCAACUUUCUCAUGAAACAGCUCCAUCCUUCAAACUGCUUAGGGAUUCGAUCCUUUGGAGAUGCGCAGGGUUGCAUGGAACUCUUGAAGGUGGCGCAUCUGUACACUAUGGAACACUUCACAGAAGUGAUACAGAAUCAGGAAUUUCUUUUGCUUCCUGCUAGUGAAAUAGCAAAACUCCUGUCUAGCGAUGACAUCAAUGUACCAGAUGAAGAAGCCAUAUUCCAGGCUUUAAUGAUGUGGGUGAGACAUGAUUUGCAAAGCAGGCAACGAGACUUAGGAAUGCUCCUCUCUUACAUUAGACUGCCACUACUCCCACCACAGUUACUAGCAGAUCUUGAAAAUAGCCCAAUGUUCACGCAUGACCUUGAGUGUCAGAAACUUCUUAUGGAAGCUAUGAAGUAUCAUCUCCUACCGGAAAGAAGGUCCAUGAUGCAGAGCCCUCGAACUAAACCUAGGAAGUCUACAGUGGGUGCACUUUAUGCUGUGGGAGGCAUGGAUGCUACUAAAGGUACCACUACAAUUGAGAAAUAUGACCUUAGGACAAACAGUUGGAUACAAAUUGGUACCAUGAAUGGUAGACGAUUGCAGUUUGGAGUAGCAGUAAUUGACAACAAGCUCUAUAUUGUGGGAGGAAGAGAUGGCCUGAAAACCUCCAAUACAGUUGAAUGUUUCAAUCCAGCUACCAAAGUUUGGACUAUAAUGCCUCCAAUGUCAACUCACAGACACGGCUUAGGCGUAGCAAUGCUUGAAGGACCAAUGUAUGCUGUUGGCGGUCAUGAUGGAUGGAGUUAUCUUAAUACAGUAGAAAGAUGGGACCCCCAGGCACGGCAAUGGAAUUACGUUGCUAGCAUGUCAACUCCUAGAAGCACAGUGGGGGUUGCAGCAUUAAAUAGCAAAUUAUAUGCUGUUGGUGGACGAGACGGCAGCUCCUGCUUAAAAUCCAUGGAAUGCUUUGAUCCUCAUACUAACAAAUGGAGUAUGUGUGCUGCAAUGUCUAAGAGGCGAGGCGGUGUUGGUGUUGCAACAUACAAUGGAUUUUUAUAUGCAGUGGGAGGUCAUGACGCACCAGCUUCCAACCACUGUUCUAGACUUUCUGAUUGUGUGGAAAGAUAUGAUCCUAAAACUGACACCUGGACAACAGUGGCACCUUUAAGUGUACCACGUGAUGCUGUUGGCGUCUGUCCUCUUGGGGACAGAUUAUAUGCAAUAGGAGGCUAUGAUGGACACAGUUACCUGGACACUGUGGAGUCAUAUGAUGCACAAAAUAAUGAAUGGACAGAGGAAGUGCCUGUCAAUAUUGGAAGAGCUGGAGCUUGUGUUGUUGUGGUGAAAUUGCCAUGA